UGUGGCUAUGGUGGUCCCAGCGCCCUAUAGCUAUGGGGCUCUGAUUCUUUGCGGCAAUGGGGGUCGUGGUGCCCCACAGCCAUGGGGUCUCCUGUCAGGAUGGAGGCCCAGCCGCUCCCCACAGAGCCCGGUGUGGGGAGGGACAUGGGGCAAAGUGUCCCCAGUGCCGGGAGGUGACAAUCUGUGAUGGUGUCACCACGGUUCUGUGCUCAGGACCUGACCCUGAAGCUGUGCCUCAUCCGGAGCAUCGCCAUGAUCAGCCGGGCCGUCCGUGGCAGCACCAAAUGCACUGACUUUGUUUUGGGUCGCAAAGCCGAACUCGUGGCGCAGAUGGUGGAGUUCAUCAAAGCAGAACCGCUGGACUCGAUGCGGACACCGGUGCGGCAGUGGGCGAUGGUCACCUGCACUCACCUGGUGUAUCCUCUGUAGAGCCAAGGGAUACGUGGGUUGGAAGGGUCCUGGAAGGUCAUAGAGGCAUGGGAUGGUUGGGUUGGG